GGUGAUCCAUCUUCUCCCUUUUCUAUCUACGCCCUCCUUCGAUAAACAAGGCAAAGAUGGCAACAAAAGCACCUAUAAUCUCAAACAAAAAGCAGUCUGGCUCAAAUGCUGCCUUCAAUGACAAGGAAAACCAAUGGAACUGCGCUUAUCCAACUUGGUUGCAGCUAAAGCCAUCAGCGAUGCAGUCCGGACAUCUUUAGGACCAAGAGGAAUGGAUAAGAUGAUUCAAACUUCAAAAGGAGAAGUCAUUAUCACUAAUGAUGGAGCCACGAUUCUUCGAAGUAUCCAGGCCUUGCAUCCCGCUGCCAAGAUGCUUGUCGAUCUCUCUGCAGCACAGGAUAUCGAAGCAGGUGACGGAACCACUUCUGUCGUUGUUCUGGCUGGCAGUUUACUCGGCGCUGCUGAAAAGAUGCUCCAAAAGGGCAUCCAUCCAACGAUCAUUGCGGAGGCGUUCCUCAAGGCUUCUACCAAAGCUGUUGAAUAUCUUACUGAAAUAUCUACACCCGUUGAUUUGAAUGACAAAGCCAGUCUUUUGCGAGCAGCCAGCACGUCUCUUAAUUCCAAAAUUGUCUCCCAGUACUCUUCAACGCUUGCUCCUAUUGCAGUAGCUGCAGUCACUCGCCUUGUCACAUCUCAGUCCUCGAACGUUGACCUUAGAGAUAUUCGGGUAGUCACGAAGGUUGGCGGAACUAUUGAAGACACUGAACUUGUCGAUGGUGUCGUUUUGAACCAAAAUGUCGUUGUAUCUGCUGGUGGACCAACGCGGAUCGAGAAGGCUAAAAUCGCCAUUAUCCAGUUCCAGCUUAGUGCACCAAAACCAGAUAUGGAUAACACAGUUGUCAUCAACGAUUAUCGCCAAAUGGAUAAGGUCAUCAAAGAAGGUCGCCAAUAUCUGCUUAACAUCUGCAAGAAGAUAAAGAAGGCGAAUUGCAACGUCCUUCUCAUCCAGAAAUCCAUCCUUCGCGAUGCUGUCGAUGACACUUCUCUUUCCUUCCUGAAGAGACUGAAUAUCCUGGCUAUCAAGGACGUCGAACGAGAUGAAAUUGAAUUCCUUGCAAAAAGUAUCGGUUGUAAGCCAGUAGCAGACAUCGAAGCAUUUACUGAAGAUAAGCUUGGCUACGCUGAUUUGGUCGAAGAAACCUCUCAAUCGGGCGCAAAGGUUGUCAAAAUUACUGGAGUCAAGAAUAGAGGUCGCACUGUCAGCAUACUUGCCAUGGGAGGCAAUCAGCUUGUGGUGGAAGAAUGCGAGCGCAGUCUACAUGAUGCACUUUGUGUAGUGCGCUGCUUGGUGAAGAAACGUGCCCUUAUUGGAGGUGGCGGAGCCCCAGAAAUUCAUGUCUCCCGUCUUCUUUCACAAUAUUCGCAGUCCUUAAAGGGCAUGGAGUCUUAUUGCUUCCAGGCGUAUGCUGAUGCUCUGGAAGUGAUUCCGACCACUCUGGCUGAAAACGCUGGCUUGAACCCCAUAUCUAUCGUCACUGAACUCCGCAAUCGGCAUGCUCUUGGUGACCGCAACGCUGGCAUUAAUGUCAGAACGGGGCUCAUAUCUAACAUCCUGGAAGAGGAUGUUGUCCAGCCUCUUUUGGUCACAACUAGCGCUGUCGAGCUAUCAACGGAGACUGUGUGCUUGCUAUUGAAAAUCGACGAUUAUGUACAGGCACGAUGAAGACAAUGAAUCUGAUGCAAUCAGGUGUAGUACAAGAAAGAUACGUAGAAAACCAUCUGUUUAAUAUUAGUCUACAUGGAAUGCCAGUUCUGUGUUCGAGAAA